AUGAAAAGAGGUUUUCUUCAAGUAAACGACUCAUCAACGGCCAGCCAUGCCUCCACCACCAACGCUACUUGUUUGAAUCUUUUGGGUGUUCAAGGUAUUCGUGGUGGUAGUGGUGGUGGUAGUGGUGGUAUUUAUGACUCCGAUUUGGAACAAGAUAAUCUUCAACCAUACUUGAAAAAGAUCAAAAAUCAAUCAAUGGAUGGAUCGGAACAUAAGAUCAAGAAGAAUUCAACACCUACAGGUGGACGAUCGCCAUCGUACGAUACAUUAUAUUCUAGGCUUGAUUUGGAAUUAAUCAUUCAUAUCUUGGAAUUUGUAACCAUCUAUAUGGAACACUCAUACAUCUUGCGAGAAUUUAAUUCGAAUCAAAUUUCAAACUUAUUUGGAGUGAGAAAGACCCAUCCACAAAGAAUUGUUUUUUUACUCUUUCCGAGCAUUGAAUUGGAGAUUUACGACAAUGAUUUGUCAUACAAGUACUUCUUUCCUUUGAAGUAUGUGAAAAAUCUUACUUUGGCUGAUAGACGUCCUCGCUCGAGUACACAUCAUUUUCCUCAAUCCUGCUUGUAUCCUUUUCAUGGUAUGAAAAAUUUAGAAUCUCUGGAUAUUUACAGUCAUUUACUUGAAGAUGAAGCUCUCAAAUGUUUUGCACAUACUGAAAAUCUGAAAUCUCUGCAUAUAAGAGGAGCAUUUUCAAUCUCCAUGAGUGGAUUGAGACUUUUGAUGGAACAAAGGCCACAGUUGCAACGUCUGAAACUUGGAAAUAUUGGAAUUGAACAUGUGGAUGACACUUUCUGUGAGCAUUUAUCAUGUGAGCACAGUGGUAUUACUGAAUUACAGCUUCCUCAACAUGGUGUCAGCAGCACAGGAUUGGAGUUAUUAAUCAGUAAUAGUAAAUUAAGAAUAUUAAAUUUAAUGGAAAAUGUAGAAAUUGCAGAGACAAAUCUAUCGGCCCUAGCAUGUAAUAAUAAUUUGACGGAUUUAACCUUAUCAUACAACAAACUAGGAGACAAUGAAAUUACACAAAUAGCUCGCUAUGGAAGAAAUAUUAAAUUUUUGAGCAUCUCCUCAUUGCAAUCAACCGUGUCUCCUGAGACCAUCAUGGAACUGUUGCAACAAACAAACUUUAUCAGUUUAUCCAUACGUCAUCUCAAACCUGCAAUUAUUGAUUCAUCAAUAUUCAACAUUUCCAGUAACUUACAAGCUUUGGAUGUGUCACUAACUUGUGGAAAUUUCAAUACGAGUGGAGAUAGUAUUGCUGAAGUCAUUUCAAAGAAUUUUAAGCAGCUCCACUUUCUUUCCAUGCGUAGAUGUUAUUUAACAGAUGUUGGAUUCAUGCACUUGGCAAGACUGAAAUCUCUAAGAAACCUGAAUGUGAGUUACAAUGAUUUAACCGAUGACAGUAUUCGAUUUUUUGUUCAAGAAAACACAACGGUAGAGGUUCUACAUGUUAACUCAAACAAACAAAUUACAAACUAUGGAUAUAGAUUGUUGGCAUGCCAUCCAGCUCUUGUGAGACUGAAACUAUCAGGUAAAAUCGGUAAUGAUGCUCUCAUUCAUAUUUUCAGGAAUCUCAAAACAUGCAAAAGCCUACACAUUGAUGGAUUUAGCAAAUUAUCAGAUCUCCCUUUUGAAUAUUUACCUCAAUCAAGUUUGGAACAUUUAUCCAUCAUUGGCUCACCCAUUUCAUACUACUCAGCAGAGCUAAUUGCAAGAGCAGAUAAUCUCAAAGAUUUGUUGUUAGACUUUGCCUCAGAGACAGUAACCAUCACGAGUGAUCUCUUGAAAAUUUUAGCUCGUAGCUCAAGUUUGCAUACUUUAAGAUUGCCCCAAGAGAAUUUUCAUUCACUAACAGAGGGUGUGAAGUUUGUUAAAUUGUCAGGAAAGCAAAUUAUUUGGCAUUGA